GCGCUGUCCCAUGUGCGCCCCCGCGGGGAGGAUGGAGACGCGCGGUGCCGGCCGGGCCCCCGCGCUGCUGCUCUGCCUGGCUUUCCAUCUUCUACAAGCAGUUCUCGGUACAACCGUGAUUCCAUCGUGUAUCCCGGGAGAAGCCAAUGAUAACUGCACAGCUCUAGUUCAGACAGAAGACAAUCCACGUGUGGCUCAAGUGUCAAUAACCAAGUGCAGCUCUGACAUGAAUGGCUACUGUCUGCACGGCCAGUGCAUCUACCUGGUGGACAUGAGUGAAAAUUACUGCAGGUGUGAAGUGGGUUAUACUGGUCUCCGAUGUGAACACUUCUUUUUAACCGUCCACCAACCCUUGAGCAAAGAGUAUGUGGCUUUGACUGUGAUCCUUGUUUUCUUGUUUCUCAUCAUAGUUGCUGGUUCCAUGUACUAUUUCUGCAGAUGGUACAGAAAUCGAAAAAGUAAAGAACCAAAGAAGGAAUAUGAGAGAGUGACCUCAGGGGAUCCAGCAUUGUCACAAGUCUGAAUGGCACUGUCAAACUUACCGGCAAGGAUGCACAGCCUGCCUGCUUAAUGUUAAUAUUCCUCUUUUGUUAAUAAUAUUUAUGUUGGGUCAAGUGUCAGGUCAACAACAGUGUAUUUUUAAUUUUAAUAUACUUGAAAAAUGUUUUUUAUUUUUGUUUUAUUUUUGACAGACUAUUUGCUAAUAUAUAAUGUUCAGAAGAUAUUUAAUAUCAAAAGAAAGUUGAUAUUUUUGUAAGAAAUAAUUUCCUGAGCUAAAUGCUUUAUUGAAAGCUUCAAAGCUUAUAUUCCUGCUGCACAGUGAGUAGGAGUGAGCCAUGCCCAGGUCGUGGCUCAAGAAGUGUCAGCAUAUGGCAGAUUUCUGUAAGCCUGUAUACAUACAUUCAAAUCAAUUUAUAUUUUUUUCUACUCCUCACCUCGACUAUAUCAUGGUUUGAUAUAUUAGUUGGCACCACUGUGUCAUGUAUUAAAACAGUAAUGCAAUUGGAAUUCGGGAGAAACAAAUAUAGAUCCUGGGUUAAACACUACAUGUUGGAAACAAACUAAGCCCAGGGAAGCUACGGUCUCUUCAACCCAUCUCAGCUCGGUUUAUCAACCUGGAGGGGCAGCAGACAGUUCCCUGUGUGAACACACAACUCCUACAGAUACCAGCCACCCACCUAACAGGUCCUCCUUACAUGAAAUGAAUUGAAAAACUUAAUUUGAUGCCAUCUUUUAUGUAAGCAGUGGGUAUUUCAUAGCUUCACAGUGUUCUUUUUGUGUAUAAUGUAACAUUUAUGUGAGGUAAUUGUUGCUAUUCCAACAAUUAGAGAAAAAUCCACACUUGAAGCUAAAAUUUGUGCUUCUUUCCUAGAGGCUCUGUUGGAGAAUUCUAAGAUAAAAUCAUAGUCCAAAACUUGAUGGACUAGACUAAUUAUUCUUUUAAAAUAUAAUAAGACAAUAGCUCUAUACAGUGUAUAAAGAUGGAAAUACAGUUACUUCGUUUUCUAUUCAGGAGAGCUUUCAUUUAAAAAUAGCUCAGUAAGUAGCUUCUUCUAGAAUUUAAAUUCAUAUAUUUAAAAUUACAUCUUGACACAGGAAGUGGGAAAAAUAGGAAAAAUAAAUCAUAGUGUAUUUUUCCAAAUCAAAAACUCAUUUGAAAGCUCUUAAAAUUUAGAGACUUAACCACACCUUCCUAUGGAGGCUGAAAUGAAACCGGGGCCUUUUUUUCUGUUAUUUGUUUAUUUUUGGAAGAGACUAAUGUUUCUUCUGUACUCUGAGCCCAUAGAUCUCAGGGAAUUAAUAAGAGUAUUUUAGGCAAUUGCAUAAGGAGCCAUUGCUGUCACCACCUUUGGAUUUCAUGGGAGGCUGCUUCGUUGAAUGCUAAACCUUUGGGUAGAGUCUCUCUGGACGACAUUACCAGGUCAGGGAGGAUCGGUUCUUCCUCCACUUCUUUCCUGGCGUGUGCUAGGGCAAUAAAGAGAUAAUAAGCCACGUCUGACCUCUGUAGUACCAGGUGCCAGGACUUGCCUCCAUGUGUGUCCAUGAGUUAUAUACCCUGGCGUGAUCACAUGACUCUCAUCCAAAGUCCUGAACCUGGCUCUUACUAUUAGGAAAACAAGCAGACAAAACAAACAAAAUAUAUAUACAGAUACUCAUAUGGAAACACAUAUGUAUACACAAGGUCAACUGAUCAUAGAAUUACACUCAUUUGUUGCUCUGUUAACCAAUCUGUAAAACUGUAGAACAAGAUAAAAGAAAAUAAAAUAAAAAUCAGUGAGUUCUAAAAGGAUAUUUCUGCUUGCCAUUUAAUAGAGCCAAAGUCAAAUGUGCUGUGUGAGGACAUAUUUUAAAUCCUAUACAUACAGUCAACCCUUCGUAUCCACAAGACCCACGUUGGUGGAUUCAACCAACAAUGGGUGGAAAAUAUUUGGAAAAAAAAACAAUAAAAAAUAAUACAAAUAAAAAUAUAGUAUAACUAUUUACAUUGCAUUUACAUUAGGUAUUACAAAUAAUGUAGAGAUGAUUUAAAGCAUACAGGAGGAUGUGCAUGGCUUGUAUGCAAAUCCAAAGCCACUUUAUAUGAGGGACUUGAGCAUCCAUGCCUGAUUUUAGUAUCCCCAGAAAGGUGGUCCUGGGAUCAGUCCCCUGUGGAUACAAGGGAUGACUGUAUUUAUUGACAUCAAGUCGAUAUAAAGGAAGUUUGCCUGUUUUCAGUUAUCUUGGCUGUUUCAAAGAAAAUUUAUUGACUCACCAAGAACUCAGCUUCAAUCCAUUUAUUUCAUUUACCAAAGGUUUAUUGUAGCAUCUCAACUUUGAUAUUUUGGUUUAUCUUGAGCAUCUCAAUUCAUGUUACUUAAAUAAGUAAAUGCAAAUAGUUUUGGGUAUUUCUUUUAAGAAUACUUUAAAAACUAACCCCUGAAAAAGUUAAAUGUUUAUUUAUAAAUGCAUGUUCCAUAAUAAAGAAUGACCUGAUUUCUUUUUUAUGGGUGAAAAUAAGUCAAAAAAAGAUGUUUUAGGCAGGAUAAUCCUGGUUAAACAUAAAAAUUGAUCCCUGUCAGCUCAAGUGUUCUAUAGACAAUGAAAAGAUUUUGGCUCAUAUUUAGUCUAUCUUCCUUGUCUCACAGAUUUCUUAUUUUUUACAUAUAUAUAUAU